AUGAAGGGACUCAUCCUGGCCCUGGUGCUCGCCCUCGUGGGGGGUCAGAAGCAGGACCUCGAGCCUGUUUUUCAUACCGGCAAGACCUACCUCUAUGGCUACGAGAGCUUCAUCCUGCAUGGGCUGCCCAGCAGAGGCCUGGCGAUGGCGGGGGUGAGGCUGACCUGCAAGCUGGAGAUCAGCUGUGUGUCUCGCAGUGACCACCUUCUCCAGAUUCGAUCACCAAAGCUGGAGGAAUACAACGGCUUCUGGCCCACGGACCCCUUCACUCCAUCUUUGAGGCUCACAGAGACCAUCGCUGCAUGUUUCAGCCAAGCCUUUAAGUUUGAAUACACUGGGGGAAGGGUUGGAAGUAUUUUUGCCCCUGAGGACUGUCCCAUCCUAUGCACUAAUCUAGUGAGAGGGAUUCUGAACAUGAUGCAGAUAACCAUCAAAAAGUCACAAAAUGUGUAUGAACUACAGGAGGCUGGGAUUGAAGGCAUCUGCCAAACCAGAUACGUUAUCCAGGACGACAGCAAGAACAACCGUGCCACCAUUUCCAAAAGCAAGGACCUGACGGACUGCCAGGAGAAAGCGGUGAAGAACAUGGGAAUGGCGUACAUCCGCCCCUGCCCCACCUGCCCCCUGAAAGUCAGAAACAUUAAGGGCACGGUGAUGUUCACUUACAAGAUAAAGUACGAUGACAGCGGGGCCUUGAUGACGUCUGCUAUGUCCGAGCAGGUGUACCAGAUCUCGCCCUUCAAUGAACCCAACGGGGCAGCAUUCAUGGAGGCAAGGCAAAAACUGUCUUUGGUUGACAUUAAAAGGACUCCCAUCAGUGCACCAAAAACUCAGCUGCAAAACCAGGGGAGUCUUCGUUAUCAUUUCUCAGGAGAGCUACUCCAGAUGCCAAUUCCCCUAAUAAGGAUUAAAAAUCCAGAUUUACAGUUAACAGAAACACUACGGCAACUAGGUCAGAAUAAUGAGGAAGGAGCCACUAAAGAAGCUUCAGCCAAGUUCUUACAAAUGGUCCAGCUUUUUCGUAUAGUGACCCUUGAUCAAAUUGAGUCUUUGUGGGUGCAGUUUGCCAACGACCUCCCCCAAAGGCACUGGUUCCUGAGCGCCAUCUGUGCUGCUGGAGCUACUGACACGUUCAGAUUCCUGAAGCAAAAGAUUCAUGAUGAGAAGCUGAACAUCUGGGAAGCAGCUGCAACUCUCUCUCUUGCCUUCCAUUUCGUUAUACCCAACAAGCAAACCCUAGAAGUUGCCUCAACUUUUCUGAACUGUCCCCAAAUCCAGAAAGCACCAAUGCAUCGAAUAAUUGUUUACCUGGGAUAUGGUAGCAUGGUAAAUAAAUACUGUGCUCAGACUUCACUUUGUCCAAAUGAACUUCUUCAGCCACUCCACGACCUUGCUACUGAAGCCACCAGCAAAGGUGAUGCCAAAGACAUGGCCUUGGCCCUGAAAGCCAUUGGCAAUGCAGGAGAGCCGGCCAGUAUCAAACGCAUUCUGAAAUUUUUGCCAACAUUUUCCCCGGCUGCAGCUUCAUUACCAAACAGAAUUCAUGCUGAUGCCGUGUUGGCCUUGAGGAAAAUUGCCAGAAAAGAUGCUGCAAAAGUAAGGGAGAUCUCCCUCCAGGUCUUUAUGGACAACACACUUGCUCCUAACGUCCGAAUGGUGGCCUGUGUUGUCCUCUUCGAAACAAAGCCUGCUCUUCCAACUGUAACAGCUAUGGCCAGCUCGCUGCUGACGGAGCCCAGCUUACAAGUAGCCAGUUUCACAUAUUCACACAUGAAGGCUUUGGCAGUAGGCAGGAUCCCACAGCUCUAUAAUCUAUCUGCUGCUUGCAACAUUGCCAUUAAACUACUGAGCCCCAGACUUGACAGGCUGAGCUAUCGUUACAGCAAGGUCAUUCAUGUCGGCGAUUAUUCCUCGGAAUAUCAGGCUGGUGCCAUUUGGAGGGUCUAUCUAAUGAACAGUCCCAGCACCAUGUUUCCAUCUGAUAUAAUCACAAAAGUAAGAGCAUAUUAUGCAAAUACUGCAACAGAUAUUAUCGAGGUAGCUCUCCGGUCACAAAGCCUAACCAAGCUUAUCAGGAAGCAGAAUAUUCCCUUUGCUGAGUACGAUACAUACAAGACACUGAAGGAACUCGGUAAAAAGCUCCUGGGAUGGAAAGAACUGCCUCCCGAAGACCCUCUCGUGUCCGCUUAUGUCAAAGUAUUGGGCCAAGAGAUCGCCUUUGUUGACAUUGAUAAAGAUGCCAUUCAGCAAACCAUGAUGCAUCUAACUGGACCAUCAAACUGGCAGCUGGUGGUGAAAAAAGUGGUGGAAGAGGUCCAGCGAGGCAUUUCAGGCCUAUGGACCCUGCCCGCGAUGGUGGCCGAGCUGCGGCACAUUGUCCCCACGGUGGUCGGCGUGCCGCUGGAGCUCAGUCUGUGCGGCGCCGCGCUGGCCCGGGCUGCGGCCGAGGUGGAUAUACAGAUGUCACCACCAUUACCUGACAAUUUUAGACCUUCACAGUUGUUGGAAACCAAUAUGGAUAUUCAUGCUGGCAUCAAGCCAAAGACAUAUUUUCAUAUGAUUGCAAUGAUGGGGAUUAAUACACAAUACUUUCAGAGUGGUCUUGAAUUUCAUGCAGAGUUCAGUGCCAACACUACAAUGAAAUUUGAUGCAAGGAUAAAUAUGAAAGAGAAAAAUGUGAAGAUUGAAACUCCUGCCUGCCAUCAGGAGGUUGAGCUCGCAGCUGUGAGGAGCGAAGUUUGUGCUAUUUCAAGGAACAUGGAAGAAGUAGAUUCUGAAAAGAAAUCCCAGCUUCUCCCCAAAGGAGAAGUACCACAUAUCUCCGACCAGCCAUUUCAGCCAUCAGAAAGAUCUUCAAGACCUGGCAGCUGGAAG